AACAACUUCACGCCUAGCGGUACGUGCCAUAGUUGCAGCUAGAGCUAGUGACUGUUGUGGUCGGUCCUGGUGGCCCCAGAACUACUCCAAGACCAACGCCAGGGCCAUAACCAGGUCCAACAACCGACAGCGGGCACGGCACCCCACUCAGACUGCGGGUGAACUCAGUUUUAGCCCGCGGAAAUUCUAUACAGGCCUCAUAGGGUUAAUCCUAACUCGUUCACAUCCGCGAUCGCCGCUCUCCACAAAUUUGGCAAAGCAACGGCAAAUUCCGACGUUGACGAUGGUGCAACCCUGUUUGGAAAGCGCACAGCUCAUUGAAGACAGCGACAUUGAUGGACUCUAUGGUGACUGUCCUGUCAAGCUCAAAUCCAACCCCACAACCGAAAGCACCUGUGCAAAGAAAGAUCCUGAGCUCGAGUUACCCACUCAAUGUUUGAGCCAUGACUUUGUUCCGUUUCCUCCUCAUCAAGCAAACAAAUGCACUUUCCCUCCUGGUGCUCGAGUGGUGAUCUGUCGCUACAAUGGAGCUAUUGAUUCGAAUGGGCCGUCGAGUGCUCUAUUGGUCUCUCAAGUUCUUCAUGGGAAGGUCCGAAACGUCGGUGCAAGCGCCCGUUGCAAUCAAACGGUCGAAACGCUGUAUCAAGUAGUACUGAACGACAAGGCAUCAACCAUGAUUACUACGGGUGAGCGAGACAUCCAGUUAGCCAUCGGAGCCCCAGUAUGGAUACGGAUGGCAGAAACUGACAUGUAUCGCCCAGCUGUUGUCGUACAAUCACAGCAUUUUCCAGUUUUCAAUGACGAUCCAGUUUUAUCUAGCCAUGUCAUGUACUCUGUCCAAGCCCUAGUGGGAAACUGCAUGGUCUACCAUGGACUCCUCAUGGACCAUCUCAUCUACAGAUCAUCUGCACGCCCUCCCAAGUUUGAGUCUUCGAGAGCUUCCAGCAUUCCCAAAGUUCCUCCUAAAGCGACAAUCUCCCUUUCUUCAGCUACCGUGCUGGUUCCGUCGGCAGAAGCACCCAAAGAGUUUCCAAGUAGUCAAACAAAGUCGUCUGCUACUACGGAGCCCAUUCUACAACAGAGGCAGCAUGCUGACACCAACGAGAAGCCGAUCAAGGAAGGAGCGCAACUCGAUUUAGAUGAAGUCAUUGCAGCAAAUAUGGAACAGACAAAGUUGGUCGACAACGCCAGUCACCUUCAACAGGACAAAUGUAAAAAGGCCAAGUCAUUGGGACCUUUGAAGAAACGAGCCCUGGUGGUCCAACAAUCAUCUAGAGUCCCAUCGGUGUCUCCUAAUCCUCCUAGACCAAGUGCUUCGGGAGAUCAAGAAAGCAACCAGGCCGGCGAGAUUUCCACACAGAGCUCGUCCCUGGCAUUGCGCAACACCACUAGAAAGCCGGUUGUAUUAUCCCCGGAAGAAUCUUCGCCAGAAAGAUCAUUAUCGUUCAUCAGCCCCAAACCCACCGAGCGCAGUCUUCUGUCCGAAUUCACUGAUGCUGCCAAAAAGGUCAGUCCCCUUCCAAAUGACGCUAGUGAGUCUGGAACCAACUGGAUGCUCUCCCCGCCAAACUCAAAGCCUUCCAUGCGCCGCGCAAUGGAGGUCGGAGCACUGGCGCAGUUCAGUACAAGCCGGGUUUCCACCAACAAACUCGCUUCCCUGUUGUCGCCAAGAAAGAAUCGAACGGUUACUUUCGGUCAGGUCCGCUAUCACCCUCACCCAGACUCCGACAGCAACACAAGGGCGACUGAAAUCCCAAAAGGCACCGCAGCUACCACCGAUUCAGCCCACAAGCCCAGAAGUGGUAUCGCCUCACGUCCAAAAUCAAGGGCCGUUCCUGUUUUCAACCGAGACCCCAGUCCAUUCCAGUUCAUCAAAUUCGGGGUUGAACACCAGGUCAAUGUGGUUCUCCGUGAGCUGAGGACCACGGCCGCGAAGGAUAUGUUGGACCAGACUUGCUUGAAGUAUCAAAUCAUUGGAUCUUGCUGGGAAGGCUGCAAACGACAACAGAAUCACGUGAAGCUCACAUUGAAGACUACAGCUCUUCUGGAAGAUGCCCUGGGACGCUGGAUAGGCCAGACCGGGCCAAUCUUUUGUCAGCCGGCAUCCUCUACCAGUGAUACGAUGAAUCGAUUUCGAGCUUCAACAACCAAGUGCAAGCUCUACUUCCAUGCCGUACCAAGGGAAGCAUCUUUCCACCAGAGUAUCCAUGCUUCCCAUCUCGCUGUGAUGUACCUGCCAGUAUGUUUCGGAGAGGAUCUGAUAGUAGAUACCAUCAUUGGCAAGGAUGGCGCCACUGUUCGAGAAUUGUGCGAUAUGUUUUCUUGCUCAAUCAAGGUCGAAGGACUUCCAACAUCACAUACUGGAUCGUCUCCUAUUGUUGUCCAAAUCAAAGCCAGUUCUAGCCGUGACCUCGAUUUUUGUCGAUUCGCCAUCGAAAAUGCCCUUUUCCGAGCAACUCCGUGGCAUCUCCGUGCUCUUAUGCUCUACGAUCUGGCUGAUACCAACAACUACCGAUACAAGAAGGGAAAAAUUGUGCGUACACUCAAUCCACAUGCCAAAGAUCAUUCGACGUGCGAGCUCCAGCACGUUACUAUCAUCAGAGCAUCCCGUGCCCGUGGCGCAACACGUGAUGGUACAGACAUGAUCAAGCAGGCACACCCGAACUGUCAGAUAGAACUGAUCAAGCGGUCGAGCGCUUGGCCUUCUAUUUGCGCCCAUUUUGUCAUCACUGGAUUGAAAUUUAAAGAUGUCCAAAAGUGUCGAGACUCCACUAUGGAGUUGAUGAAGCACGGACGAUCCCCCCGAAAGGGUCAACACAAAACAUAAGGCGCAGUAUUGAAAACAAGUCAAUCCGGGCCAGAUUUGAUUCAAAGACGAAAGACUACUAGCUCUGGCUACACAGCAGGCUUCCCGUAGAUAAUCUACCUACCCUAAACCCCCGUUCCAUUCAAAG